AUGCGUUUACAGCUGCUCGGGCUGCUCUGCCUGACGCUGGGCGCCGCCGUCGCCUUCGCCGCGGCCUAUCCCAACAUCAACAGCAACACACAGUCGAAACAGCCAAUCUACACCUAUCUGACUACAUCGAGCACGUCCAGCCACAGGAAUGAGCCAGCUUCCAGUGCCAUGCAGCCGGCCAUUGUGUAUGAGGCGUCUGUGCCAAAGCAGGAGACGCGUCCCGCCAGCAACGGCGCAGCCUCAACCACAGCUGAGGUGGCAUCAAAGAAAGUCAUCGGUUCCAGCUUGGUCUCCUCGGUGUCCGUGGUGCUCGACGGCAAUGAGCCGCAAUUUACGGAUGCCCUGGGCCAGAAGGUGCCCAAGCCGCAGCCCUCGCUGCAGGUUGCGAGUCCCAUAGAUCUGCUCAAUCCCGAUCGUUACGAGUUCUAUACCUUCGAUGAGCACGGCGAGCUGGUGAAGCGUCUGAUGACCAUGCAGGAAAUCCAGAGCAUUGUGGCCAAUGGCGACGGCGAUGGACCCUCGAUAAUACACACGGCGCCGCAGCUGGAACACGAGCCGGAGAAGAAGGUGCAGGAUAUUGUGGACAGUGUGCAGAAUGUGCUCAACAAGGAGGUGGCCAGCAGCUCCUCGAAGAACAGCUCCGGUGAGCUGUUGCCCGUGUUGGACACACCCGACGUUUCCUCCUCCUGGUCGCUGAUAUUGCCAGCCAUCUUUGGCAAUACGGGCGGCGAUAUAUUCCCCCAGCAGAAGCCCCAGCAAAUUGUGAUGACACCCGAAUCGGAGCUGGUGGACACUUCGACACGUGCCGCGCCCACCACACAGCGUGUGACGAAGAAGCCAAAGCCCGCCAAGCGCAAGCCGGGCAACCGACGCAAGCCCAGUACCAGCACCACGGAGAUGACACCGCAAGUGGUGCAGGAGGAUUUGGAUCCAUUGGAGUCCGUCUACACGGGCAUACAGCAAUAUCAGCAGGCGGCGGCCAAUAUGCACGACUUUGAUGUCGCGCACAUGCAGCCCAUUUACCAGAAGCUGCCCAGCACCACCGCCCGGCCAGAGACAACCACGCGACGCGUCUUCUACAACAAUCAGGAGAUAGUACACACGCCCAGCGCCUCGUCAAGCACCACUGAGCAGCAGCAUCAGCUGGCCAAAAAGCCGGGCAAUGUGCACCGCAAACCCACACAACCACAUCGCGUGAAGAAACCCAACGGCAACACGAGCAGCACCACUCAACCCACUGGCGGCAAGCAAAAGGUAAAGAAGAAGCCAACAACCAGCACCACCAGCACCACCAGCACCACCUCCACCACAACCACCACCACAACCACAACCACACCAGCACCUCCAACAAACGCACCCGCUGAGACAGCACCAGACACAACAACAACCACUCAGGCGCCCGUCUCGACCACGCCCACGAAGAAGAAGAAGCGCAAGCCGACGCGCACACCUGGACACACGGCCACCACCGGCGGCAGCAACAAGCCCAGCAAACCAAAACGCAAGCCAACCACCAAGCCCAAGCCACAACAACAACAACAACAGCAACAGCAACACCACCCAGCCGCUGAGCAGGCAGCUGCAGCCUCUGCACCACAGCAGCAGGAGGUCAGCACACAGAAGCCAGCGCGUCCGCAUCGGCCGCAAAAGAAGCCCAAGCCCACCACAACGAGCACUAGCACCACAACGACAACAACCACCGUGGCGCCCACCACCAGCUCAACCACAACAACAACAACACCAACAACAACAGUUGCAACUGAGCCAGCUGCACCACAGCAGGAAUCAGCCGAAAGUGCAGCACCACACGAGCCCGUGCAACACGAGCCUGUGCAUCACGAGCCCGUGCACCACAAGCCCGAGCACCACGAGCCCAUCCAUCACAAGCCUGCUGCAACAACAACAACCACAACUACAGAGGCACCCAGAACCACCACCACAGCUGCAACCACCACCACAGCGGCAACCACAACGACAGCGGCAACCACAACGACAGCUGCUCCCAGCACCACCAGCAGCAGACGGCCACCCACACUGCAUUAUGAGAAGCUGCAUGGCAAGCCCGGGCAUGCCAGCACCACCAGCAAGCGGCCCACAACGCUGCACCACCAGAAAAUAAACGGCAAGCCUGUGCACAGCGUAGCAACCACUGAAGCCAGCAAGCACACCGCCAGCUAUGGCCACAUUAAUGCGAUACCAACAAAGAGCACAACAACGACAACAACAACCACCAGCACCACACAUGCGCCCGUGUACCCGGUGCCCAGCUACGACGCGGAGGCCACUGAGAAUUUGCCCACAAUUGUGGCUGUGCAGGAGACGGCCGAGGAGGAUAAGACGCAGCUGAAAAAGACGCCGCUGCCGUUGCCAUCGCUGGCCCUUUUGCAACAACAGCUGCAACAGAGCGCACCACCAUCGCAGGCAGCUCAGUUGUCGGCGGUGCAAAUGCUCUCCAUGGAUCAGAUUGUGCAGAGCCUCACGCAGGAUCUGUUGGCUGGCGACAAGAAGGAUGAGAAUGCGGCGCCUGUGAAAUACGACAGUGCGGACAGCAAGGAGCAGAUGGAAACGUUGGCCAACCAGAAGAAAGUGCCCAUCAGCAGCAGCACAACAACAACAACAACCAGCACCACCACGACAACUACAACAACAGCAGCGCCCCGGACAAGCACAACAGCUGCGACUACGCCGAAGCCGCUGACCGCGCAUUAUGGCGGCAGUACGCUGGCCACCAUGCUGGAUGAGGAAGAAGACAAGGACGACUCGACGGGCAGCCAGCAGCAAACGACGCUGAGCAGCAUGGAGGUCGAGCCGGAGGAGGAGCAAACGCCCGUGGUGCUAAUAACCGCAAGACCGCAAUAUUUUACGACCAACCAGGCAGCACCACAGCCGCUGCAGCCGCUGCAGUCGCUGCUGUCCACUGCCCAGCCGGAGCCGGAGACCACAGAGCUGCCCAGUCAUAUGCAGUUCUUGCUGACCACGCCCAUGGCGGCGUACGAUGAGAGCGAAACGGAGGCGCCGACCACAGACAGGCCCACGGCUGAGGCCAAUCAUGCUGUGGUCGCCGAGCUGACCGAGCAGCCCAACAUCAAUGAGGAGACAACCACCGAAAUGUCAGCGGCACGUUUGCCCGUCACGGACCGCACCACCAGCACCACCAGCACCACCGAUGCCGAUGAGGAUAGCACCGACGUAACGCCCAUGAUAGCCAAUCUGGUGCAGCAGCUGAAUCUGGAGGUGCUCAAGCCAACCGAUCAGAUCUCCAUGGGCAAUUUCCAGACACAGGCAGCCACGGUGGCAUCCACUCUGGUGGAUGGCGGCAAUACGCUCGUCUCCGACAUUUACAUGAACUCGAACGAGACCAAGGAUGAGCUGCAGUUCCUCAUGUCCGAUGUUAUACAGCAAAUCACACAGGACGAUGACGAGACAUACAAGCCAGCCGAUGACUCGCAUCGUUUGACCAACUUUGCCCAGCUGAAUACAUCAUUUUUGCUGCCGCCAAGGCCAAGCACAACGGAAGAGCCGACGAAGCUGACGGAGCAGGAAAUCACAACCGUAAGACCCAGCCAAGAGGAGCACAGCAAACAGGAAGCUGAUUACAUCAAUACGCCAGCACCAGGGCUUGCUCCGGUGGAGAGCAGCACAUGGCGGUUGCCCGUGUUGUCGCUAUCGCAAAUUUAUGCGCAGCAGCAGCAGGACGAGGAUGAUGAACAGCAACUGUUCGACUCGGAAAGAAUCGAGCUCCUUAAACCAACCGAAGCAGCAGACAAACAGGAAGUCAUUGAGGAGGAAAAGAUGGAAGAGCAGCCGGAGGAGCAGCAGCAGCAGGCGGAGAAGCAGCAGCAGUCGCAGGAGCUGCAGCAGUCGCAGGAGCAGCAAGUAGAAAAGCAGGAAGAGAAGCACGAAGAAAAACAGCAGGAGGAGGAGAAGCAGCAGCAGGAGGAGGAGAAGCAGCAGCAGCAGCAGGAGGAGAACCAGCAGGAGGAAGAGGAGAAGCAGCAGCUGGAGGAGGAGAAGCAGCAACAGCAGCUCGGAGAGCAGCAGGAGGCAACAACAAUGCCGCCAGCAGACACCACCGAAGCAGCAGCAGCAGCAACACCCAUCACUGAGCAAGUGCAGCAGACGGAGGAGAGUAGCAAGGAGACCAGCUUGGCUGAAGAGGUGACAACGGUGUCGGGAAUGGAGCAGCUGCACGACGAAAAGCCAGACGCGCCCGAGCGCGAUAGCGAGGAGGAGCAAAUGCCCGAAAUGUUGACAAAUGGUUACAACGAGCAAAGCCAAGCGGAAGCCACAACAGAGCAGUUGGAGGCAGACACCACGGAGCAGGUGCCGGCAGUCGAGGAGCUGGCAACAACAACAGCAGCAGCAGCAGCUGGGUCAACAAAUGUUUACCAGGACGCACAAGAGCAAACAUCCAGCGAGAAGGAACAACAGCAAACAGAGAAAAGCGAAGAGGAUGCAAAAACGGAGGAGUUGCUGGAGGAGGAAGAGCCGAUGCAGAGUGUCGAGGAUAGCGCCACAAAUGCUGCACAACUGCAGCCGCAGUACAGCGCACAGCCUGCUGCAGAGGAGCAGGAGGAGGAUAAGGAGCAGCAGCAACAGACAACAGCCGGCGGCAGCGCGGAGCAGUCGACAACAAACAGCGUGGAGCUGGCCACGGAAAUACCCGGUGAUAUGUCCGUCGUCUCAUCCGAAUCGGACAUGUCGCUCAGCUCCGAGCAGGUCACGGAAAAGCUCGAGCUGAGCACAGUGCGCACCAUGGAGCUAAAUGAGGAGGCACUGGAGGAUAUAUCCGAUGAGCUGACAGCCACGCUAACCGAGGAGGAUACCACAAGUGCACAGAAAUAUUCGCUGGACGAUGAGGAUCCCUAUGUGAAGCUGGGCGAGACGACGGCCAGUGUGGUGAGGCCGCAGCAUGUGCCCAGCUACAAGGUGGAACAGGAACAGUCGCUGGAACAGAAGCCGGAGCCGGAGUCGAACUAUCACCUCACAUUGCCGCUGGCCAGCUAUGGCAAUCAGCAGGCGGACGAGGAGGAUGAGGAGGAUCAGGCCGACUAUCAGCUGCCCAUGCUGCUGCCCAGCAGCAGCACAACUGAGAAGGCGGCAACGACGACAACGCCCAGCACGACCACGCCCUCGCCCACAACCACCACCACCAGCACCACCAUGAGCACCACAACCAAGCGGCUGCACACGCUGAAACCCGUUUCGUACUAUGUGCAGCCCUCACUGCUCGGCGGCUACAAUCAGCUGGAGCCGCAGCCGCCCAAGGUGCUGCCCUUCAAUGCCAACAGCAACAGCCUGGCCCAGCAGCAGCAGCAGCAGCAGCGACCGAUGCAGCGUCCCGCGUCGCUGACCAAUCUGAUGGCCGCCUCCACGCAGGCAACGCGUCCGCCUGUCAAGCUGGAGCCAAGUCCGCAGAGUUCGCAGGGCCUGGAGGCAUCGACGGCGCGAUUGGACGAGGAUGUGCUCUCGUUUGCUCGGCUGUGCAAUGAGCUGGCCUUUAGCUACUGGAAGGCCAUCACCUCGGAGAAGAUUAGCUCGGCCAGGAGCUUGGUCAUCUCACCGUUUGCUUUGACCUCGAUGCUGUCCAUGGUGUUCCUGGGCGCACGCGGCAGCACAUCGGGCGAAAUGAACGAAAUACUCAAGCUGGACGAUAUGGUUAGCUUUAAUCCGCAUCUGAUAUUCCGCAACAUAACCAAUUCCGUGGAGCAGUCUCUGGAGAGCGACAUCGCCACGGCUGCCUUUGUGCGCGAAAUCUUCAGCGAUCGCGCGAAUGGCAAAAUCCUGCCCUUCUUCAAGGAGAAGACGCAACAGCUCUAUGGCGGCCAUGUGGAGGAGGUCAAUUUCCAUGUGGUCAACGAUAUUGUGAGGCGUCGCACCAAUCUGCUGGUCAAGCGGCACACGAUGGGCAAAGUUCUCGAAUAUUUGCGCACGAAUAGCGUUUGGGUAAACGGGCCGCUGGCGACGGUGUCGGCGAAUCUCUUCCAGACCGAUUGCUCGCGCGGCUCGACAACGGAACGCGACGGCGAGAUGUUCUUCCAGGUGCAUCCGACGGUGCGUCAGCGUCGCCUGGUGCCCAUACCCGCGGUCCUCUAUCGCUCCGGCUUUACGGCCGGCUAUGAGCCCAGGCUGGAUGCCACGGUGGUUGCCUUUGGACGCAUCCAGGAUACGGUGAGCACCAUCUACGUGAUGCCCGGCCAUCAGAGCUCGGUGUCGCCCACCGACAAUCUGGAUCGCCUGGAGCGCAAUCUGGCGGAGCUGGCGUUUGGCCAGGGCAAUGCCUGGAGCAAUUUGUUGACCUCCCUAAUGGAUCGGCCUGGCAUGGAGGUGCAGCUGCCGCGUUUCUCGCAUCGUUCCUUUGUCAAUGCCUCGCUAGGUCUGCAGAAGAUGGGCCUCAAGGGUCUGUUUAAGUCGGACUUUGCCGAUUUGCGUGGCCUGACGAGCGCUGGCAAUCGGGACAUAUUCCUCUCGGACAUGAUACAAAUUAAUACGUUCAGCACUUGCGGCGAGGAGAAGAUCUCCGAUCAUCAUCACGUCGAAAUGUAUCCGGCGCCGCCGUUGCGUAAACGCAACAAGGAUGUGGACGCCACAGACGAUGAUGCCUACGAUUCGUCCGAGGCAAUUGUCGACUUCGGUUCGCUGGUGCAGGAGUCCGCUCUGGGUCGCGGCUUCUACGACGAUCUGCUCGAUCCCAAGUACUUGGAGCUGCCGCUGCCGUUGCGUCCGCGUCAGGCCCGUGUGCCGGAUGCGCCGCGGCUGCGCUUCGACAAGCCCUUCCUCUAUUUUGUGCGCCACAAUCCGACGGGCAUGAUACUCUUCAUGGGCCGCUUCAAUCCGCGCCUGUUGCCAUGAUACCCAAGCCCCAGCCCCUAAGUAAGCCAAAAUACCGACAAAUACACAAAAAAAAAUAAUAUUACAAAAAAAAAAAAACGAAAAUUGUUAAUGCCCAAUUUGACCCAGCCCAGCCCAAAAAAAAGGGACACGCCCAUGCGGUCAAAGCAAUUAAAUAGUGAAUUGAAAUGCCUGCAAUUAAGUUAAUUUUAUGAUUAAUGCCAAUUGCUGUGCCUUAAU